GGAAGCUAAACAACGCAUCAUCAUUCUCUCUCUCUCUCCCUUCCUUAUUUAUCUUUCUAAAUUUUUUGUAAAAUAUAAAAUCCCUAAAUCCCCGUCGUAUGUAAACGGACUUAACAAAACGGCGUCAUCCGGCAAAUCCGCCCCCCACGGAGGAGACUGAUUUGAUCUCUCUAUCUCAAUAUCGGAAAACGCUGCCGAAGAAUCAACGUCUAGCGACGGAGACGGCGUAGAAGCAGCUGCUUUUCUCCUUCUCCAGAUCUCUAACCGAUUCUCAUCUCUUUUUGUUUCACCGGUUUGUUGGAUAGACCAAAGCCAUGGUUCUUGAUGGGAUUGUAUCUUCACCAUUAAGGAGACACCAUUCUCUGAAGAAGCAGUGGGAAGAGUUGGGUAGCUGCUCCACGGUUAUCAACAGGCAUCGUUAUCUGUUAACCGCUUUGGUUCUUUUGACGUUUCUCUGUACUGUUUAUAUGUACUUUGCUGUCACUUUAGGCGCUAGGCACUCCUCCUCGUGCUAUGGUUUGACCGGGAGAGAGAAGGCAAUGUGUCAAUUACAACACGUUCAAGCUAUCUCUAAAGGGAAACUCAAAUUCUUCUAG